GAAUAAAAUGCAGAGUUGCAUAUUGUGUUUAUAGAAUAUGUUCACAUUUCUUGCUACAGGUGAGAGUUCAUAUGCACAACGAUGAUUCAAUCGUGGUUUUACAGCAGAUAGGAUGUGAGCUCUUUGCAUAUCACAAGGAUCCAAGCUCAGAUGUAGACGUGACUAGUAUCUGUUUCCUUCCUUAUUCUCAAAACGGGAAGAUGAAACUUCAGUGCAUGGUAAAAUCCAUCCCAGUGUUUGUGUGUGUGGGGAGAGAAAUCCAUCUCAUCCUCUCUUCGGAACAUUAUUGUACUAUAGCCUACACACAUGCGUGGUCUUUGUUAUUUGUUCCUCUCAGUCCUGACCCAAGCGUCUUCCAGCACCUUCAAAGUCAUUGGCUUCUUCGGGCACAAUGUCACUUUGCCCUGCAGGUAUGACGCCAAAGCUCACGGCGUCCUCAGCUUCUGUUGGGGACGAGCGAUGGUUCCCGCAUCCAAAUGCUCCAACACCAUCCUCUCCUCACAGGAUGGGGCUGUUCUCUUCAAGGAGUCCCCCAGGUACCAGCUGCUGGGCCGGGGGACAGACGGAGAUGUGUCGCUGACCAUUCGGGACGCUCAGCUGAGCGAUGCCGGUGUGUACGGCUGCAGGCUCGAGGUCCCGGGGUGGUUCAAUGACAAAAAGGUCAACACACGUCUUUUCAUGGAGGAAGCCCCUGUGGAACCAACUGUUACCCCGGACUGGACGCUCACUACUGAUGGCAGACAAGAGAUAUUGACGACAUCUCUGUCUGAGAAUGACACAGUUGGUGACAUAUUGGAAAUAAUUGGAAUUUCAACCGAGGAAAAAUUCAAAGGCUUUCUGGAAGUGGGGAACGUUGGCAGGGUGGCGGCUGUUUUCUCCUCCACCAUAAUCAUAAUCCUCGUCUUUGUUUUCCGAAGAAGAUUUCUUCAACGGAGAGAACUUCCACGUCUCAACACCUUAGCAGCUGAGAACAUUUAUGAAGCGAUAUGAAGCACCCUGGUGCCAGAGUGAUGGUCAAUAUUAUGAGGAUGAAGGACUCUAUAAGGAACUGCUAGCUGAAUGUGUCUGCUUGCCAUGCGCUUUCCUCUUUCUCAGCUUUACAGGGAAACCCUUUGAACCCAUUCCGCAGCUUAUGGGGUCCCACUACUCUCAGAG